CCCCCAGCCCCCGGGGGAUGGCGAGGCCCUCGAGCGACAGGUCCCCGGCCCCACAGCUGCUGGGCGGCCCGGCGGGAGGCGCGGCGCUGCACGGCCUGCGAAGCCUCCUGCAGGGGCCCGGGAAGACCAAGGAGCCGCCGGCCAGUUGUCUCCUAAAGGACAAGGAGCGCAAGGCGGCGGCCGGCGGCGGCGGCGAGGAAGUGGGCGGCCUUUUAGGGGUCUCGGGCCGGCCCCGCUCGGGCCCGGGGCCCGGAGCUCUGCUGGCCUCCCUGCUGUGGGAGCGGCCCCUGCCCUUCGGCGACGUGGACGACGUAGACCUGGACGCCUUUCUGCUGGAGCACGGGCUGCCGCCCAGCCCUCCGGACCCUGGGCCGCCGCCGCCGCCGCGCGCAGCCCCUGCCCCUAGCGCCGCCGCCCCGUCCUGUUCCUCGGGCUCCUCGUCCCCGGCCCCGUCCAGCUCUUCCUCCCCAGUGCCAACGCCGGCCUCUCCGCGGCUGUCCUCGGGGGGACACGUGCUGGGCCCCAGGGCCCCAGGCGCAGGUGGCUCGGGCUCCCAGCGCGCAGGCCCGGCCUCCCGGGACACCCCCAGCCCGGUGGACCCCGAGUCGGUGGAGGUGCUGAUGACUUUUGACCCUGACCCGGCCGACCUGGCCCUGUCCAGCGUCCCAGGCCAGGACACCUUUGACCCCCGGAAGCACCGCUUCUCUGAGGAGGAGCUGAAGCCGCAGCCCAUCAUGAAGAAGGCUCGGAAGAUUCAGGUGCCGGAGGAGCAGAAGGACGAGAAGUACUGGAGCCGGCGCUACAAGAACAACGAGGCAGCCAAGCGCUCGCGGGACGCGCGGCGGCUGAAGGAGAACCAGAUCUCGGUGCGGGCGGCCUUCCUGGAGAAGGAGAACGCCCUGCUCAGACAGGAGGUGGUCGCCGUUCGCCAGGAGCUCUCCCACUACCGCGCCGUGCUGUCGCGCUACCAGGCCCAGCACGGGGCCCUGUGACGCCUCCCCAGCGCCCCCAGGCCCCACCCCGGCCUCCCUGUUUCCGGACACUGCCUCCUGGUCCCGACUGGCUGCCGGCUCCCACCUCCACCCCAGAACAUUCUCCUUUGGGGAGGCCCUGGGCCCCACACCCCAAGUUCUUGGCACACUGGGACCAGCAGGCUCUUCCCAGGAACACUGUGGCAGACUUGGGCCCCCCCCCGGGGCUGCUAGACACCCCCUUCUCCCUGGCCAGGACUGAGGGGUCAGGCCCGGGGAUCGUCCCGCGGCAGCCCCAUUACUUUCCCUUGAACUCUGCCCCCUUUCUGCCCACUAGUAUGGCCGGGGAUGGGCCGUCUGGGCUCCCCGCGGGGCAAAGGCCCAGGGAUCAGUAGGGCACGGUGCUGAGAUGAUGAUAAAUCUAUCUAUCUAUAUAUAUAUAUAUAUAUUUUUUAAGAAAAAAGUACAGACCCCCUCCUCCUCCUCUGAGAUGAGUGGGGGGAGGACGCGGGAGUUGGGGGGGGCCCCUUCCCAUUCCUUUGCUCCCUGGCCCUCUCCAACCGAAUAACUCCAAUAAACCAUGAGAAGCCGA